UCUGGUACCAGAGGUUCUGGAGCUGCUGCCUGCCUGAUCUUAUCUGACCACUCAGAUCCAGUCCCCUCCCAAUAAUGUUCAGGGCGGUAUUUUCUGUUCUUUUGGUCCUGGUGGCCACAUCCUUCGCCAAAUACAUCCCAAAGACCGGCAAGAGAGUCCCACAGACCCUGUCCAGAGGUUGGGGCGACCAGCUGAUCUGGGCUCAGACUUACGAAGAGGCGCUCUACUGGUCCAGGUCCAGGAACAAGCCUCUGUUGGUCCUGUUCCACCUGGAGGACUGUCCACACAGCCAGGCCUUGAAGAAGGUGUUCUCUGAGAACAACGAGCUCCAGAAAAUUCUGGACGAGGACUUCAUCGUCCUUAAUCUAAUGUAUGAAACAACCGACAAACACCUCUCCCCUGACGGGCAAUAUGUUCCACGGAUUAUUUUUGUCGACCCCUCCAUGACUGUGAGAGCUGACAUCACCGGACCAUACUCCAACCGCAUGUACGCCUACGAGCCCGGGGACAUCAAGCUCUUGAUCAGCAACAUGCAGAAGGCCAAGAAGCUGCUGAAGUCCGAACUGUGAAGCCCUGGAGGCGAGCCGCCGUUCUUAAGCAUCAAAGAUGUUGAUCCACGUUAUUGACAAAAACAAACAAACA